UUUUUUUGUCCUACAGUAAAAAAAUCUAAUUAAAACUUAAAUUUUUGUUGUAAUUAGUUGUUAUGUUAUCUACACAACAACUAUCGGUUCCGUUAAUAGCGGGCCUAUCAGUGAUUACAACGACAUCACUCUUAUAUUAUAUAUACACUAAAACUCGUAAAAACUUUGUUAAAGUCUGUAAUGUUAAACAAUUGUUUAUAUAUCCAAUAAAAGCUGUCAAAGGUGUGGAAGUGCCUCAUCUGGAAAUCACUAAAUACGGUGUCAAAUAUGGUGUGUUUAAGGAUAGAUCGUGGGUUAUAUUAGACGGUAAUAACCGUUGGAUUGGUAUCAAACAUGAGCCACGGCUGGCACUAACCAGAAGUCAAAUUAUCGGCGACGAGCUAUGGAUUGAUGGACCAGAUAUGCCGACAUUAAAACUCAAAUAUAUUGAGAAUAUCGACAAUCACUCAGUAGUAUCGCUACGAAUGUACGGCCAAGAGAUUAAUGGUUUGGACUGCGGACCGGAAGUUAACCACUGGUUUCAGACAUAUCUCAACAAUGAUAGCAUACGUCUGGUACAACAUCACAGCGACUUUGACUAUCGGGACACCAAUUCAGAUAAGAGACGUCCCGACGACAGGGAAUUUCCGAUUAUCUAUCAAAACAAAUCGGGUUUACAUUUGGUAAAUGAACGGUCAGUGGCCGACCUGAACUCCCGUUUUACUGAAGGAGCCGAUCACGUAACACAUGAAAACUUUCGGCCAAACCUAUUGGUUGAUUAUCCUGAACCGUGGACUGAGGACACGUGGAAAUGGAUGUCAAUUAAUGGCGUCAACUUUAAGCGACUAUUGAGCUGCGAUCGGUGUCCAUCAACUACAGUCAAUACGGACACUGGUGUCAAAAAUAUGGAAACACUGACAGCUCUCAAAUCUUUCCGACCGCCGAAAGGCAUAACAAAAAGCAAGGGUUUGGGUCCAAGUUUUGGUGUCAUAUUUGGUCAUUUGUCUCAUGGGGUUAUCAAUGUUGACGACUCUAUUAGCGUAAUAUUUGGACCAAAUGAUGUAGACUAA